CAAAACUAAAUCACACUCCUAAUAUAUAGGAUGCUCGAUGAAUGAUUAACAUUUACACCGUCACGUGACUCGUACAUGGAUGACGAUUUUCAUGAUUUAAGCAAGAAUGAUUUCAUUUACUGUUUAUAGAGAUACUGAAUCAAAGUAAAAUAUCACUUAUAUAAUGUAUAUUCAUAUAAGAGACAAAUUUGAUAUAUUGUCCCAAGUUCACCCUCGAGAUGUAGCAGGGUAGCAGUUAAAGUGUUAAUACAUUCUUCUUAUUUUUUCUUCUAGUUUCUGCGGCAUUGUCAUAACAAAAUUUCCCUCCUCUCUGCCGAACUUAUCAGAAUUUCCGAAACUUGCAGAAUAACAAGGAAACCAGACCCGCCGCCUUGACGAUAUACAUCACCAAUCGAUGUACCUCAUGUUAACGAAGAUUCUCGCUAUCGAAAACGGCGGAUUAAUCGAGAACGGUAUUGUGCGCCUUGAACAGCCGUGGAUCGUCGUUGAACGGCGAUCAUUAAAGAUGUUUUAACGAGGUGCUGCCGCACGCAAAGAGACGGGACAAUGGUGGCGGGAAUCACGAGAGAGAGAGAACCGUCGCGCGCGCGUCUCGCUUCAUCCUGCCUCCCUUACCCCCACAUGAUCUCCGGAUCUCUCCAUUGGAUGCACGCGAGAUUCGUCCGACUCUCCGCGAGUCUCGUGCUCGUCGCUCGCGUUUGGAGGGCUUUCUGGGAAGGAGACGGACCUUUAAACCCUUCGCCGCGUGAUUUAGUUGACAAAGUAGCGUGUUGCGACCGCGCCCCCGUGCCCCAGGGACCCGCGACCCCGCUAUUCCCGACCCGCGCGCAUUGUCGAGGGGCACGCACGUGGCAUGGAACGCGCGGGGACAGAAACACGAGUCCAUGUGAGCUAUUUUAAAAUGAGAAAAAAAAGUCAUUGUUCAAGCAUUUUGCGGAAUCCGAUAUCCAUAUUAGUGUUUAGUCUGGCGUCGCGUUUCAAACGGCUGGACGCUCUCGAUGCUCUCGCGUAUACUGCACGUGCCAUCGUUUCUCGAUUUUGCCCUCCACCGCGCUGCCCCGCUCCGCCUACCGUCCCCCUCUGUCUACCCUGUCUGCGAAUCCGUAUUAAUCAUGCGCCGGCGCACGCUCGAACUCUGUCGGAAAUCUCGCAGUUAAGCAUUAAUUAAGCGCUCUUUGCGAUUGGCAUUCUUCAAGCGGAAAUAUCCGCGCUGUUGCGUCCAUCUCGAAACACGAAACCUUCGUCAUUGAUCGCGAUACACGGGAUAUUAGCAACCCAUCACUUCUAUCGGAGAGUAAUUAAUUUUCGAUCCAUCAGCGAAUGUGCUUCGUUUGAAAAUUCAUAGUAAUGUAAGGGAAUAAUCGAUAAAAAGGAAAUGAUAUAGUCGUGAGCGCAGCGCAGCAACUUCCACUGAACACUGCGUCAUCGUUACGUAAAUCUUUUAGAAAUUGCUGUGACUGAUUGACACCUAGAUCUCGAAGUCAGGAACGAUCGAGUCUUCUUCCUUGAUUUUCCACAAAGUGACGCUAUAUUACGCGAAAGUAACGAGCGAUGCGUUCGUGAUCGCGGCGUCAAGAGAUCUUACGAGAUCUCUACUCGUAGAUCACGACGACGACAACGACGUAGACGUAGACGUAGACGGCGUAUUGUCUCUCCCUCUUGCUCGUUACCAUCUGCGCCUAUUAUCCGACUCUAUUUUCCAAUCUAUCCUCGUACGCGAGGCGCACCUUGUCUCUUCCAGGCUGCUGCUAGUCUUCUCCGCCAAGUGAGUGCGGUGCGAUGCGCUCUUUGUCUCGCGGCACUCGGCACAAAGGGCGCCGUACCCCGGCAGCGGGCGAUAACAGGGGGGCAAGAAAGUUCAAGAUAAGACCAAGGGCCCUUGGCAGUCGCGUCGUCCGGCAUUCCCGAGGGAACGUACGCACAUAUGUACACGCACGCACGCACGUGGGUGCAAACGGCUACAUUGUCUCGGCGGCACUCGUGCUGAUAGUCGGAGCACUGGUGGGUGUCCUGGCGACGAUAUCGCGUCAUCUUCAUCAUCGGCUGCUGCCGCACCGGCCGGUCCCUCCCGGCGCCUCUGCCUCGGUUUCCACCUCGAUCCUCCACCAUCAUCAUCGGCAUCACCAUCACCGUCACCGUCAUCGUCGCGAGGAGCCGCCGCCGCCGCCGUUGCAGCGCUGCCUCCUGCUACAGGAUCAUUGCCGUCAUCCUGCUACACCGAUGCUGUCGGUGGGCCAAGGAAUGGAGGUCGGCAGCAGUGGACGCGGUGCACACGGCGGUGCAUCGGCGAGAAAUGACCCGACCGUUGGCGUGAUGGCUGAGGCGGUCGGCGGCGGCGACGUUGGCGAUGGCGGUGGCAGCGAUGCGAAAAGGCGUAAAGACAUACAGGAGGCGAUGAUCGCCGCGGCAAGGGAUCGCGCGAUCCGUGCGGACAGUGUCCGGCAGGAUCUCGCUCUCAAUCUGCCGCCACGACUGGAGCUGCCGGACGGCGAAGAGCCGUACGGGGCGCAUUCGGAUCUUCAUCUCCGCAACCCGGACCAGGAGAGCGAGAUUUACCAGAAGUGCGUGCGGCCGCCGCCGAAUCGCACAGUGUUCGACAGCGAGUCCCUGCCGCCGUAUCGGACCCUACCGCCCAUCACCCCGUACCUUCCGGGGCUGCUCGACACGCCGAGCGACCGGAUAGCGCGGGGUCACAUACCCAGCAGCAGCAAUUUGUUCAUGGCUACCGCACGCUCGGUGUUCAGGAAGUUCCCGAGCCACACAACGCCACCGUCGGCGUCGUCGUCGUCAUCGUCGUCGUCAUCGUCGUCCACAGCAGCGACAGUGGCGGCAUCGUCGUCGGUGCCGAUCAGCAAACCGCCCUUCUUCAAUUAUUCCGAGUCCAGUAGUAGCACGAGCAGUAGCAAUCUGUCCAACAUCACCGUGGUGCCCUGCGAGACCGACGAGAGUCGGCACGAGCAGCAGCAGCAGCAGCAGCAGCAGCAGCAACAACAACAACAACAACAACAACAACAGCAACACCAGCAAUAUCAUUAUCAUCAUCCGCAACAGCAGCAGCAGCAGCAACAGCAGCAACAACAGCAUUUCCAUCAGAAGGUCUGAUCCGCGGCGUCCUCCUUCCUCGACGCCGUUGUCGUCAUCGUCACAGCCGCGUCGUUCGGCCUCGAGAACGAGCGAUGGUUCCUAGGAUCGGUCUGCGUGGCUGCGACGGCAGCGACGGUGCCCUUCAAGACUGACUCGCGGAAGAAGCUUCAACAUAAGAUGAUAGGUCCCAUCGGUUCCGCCACGUGUUCAGCAACGAAUAUUGCGGACGCGCGAGAGGAUCCUCUCGGCCGGUGGUACCCUCGUUGGAUCGUUCUUCCGGCGUUCUUCUAUAACGAGCGAGUGUAAGAGAGAAAGAGCGAAAGAAUCAGAGAGAGAAAGAGAGAGAGAAAGAGGGUCGUCCGUUCGUGGCCUAAAGGAGAGCCGGCGGGGAUGUGAAGAAGCCGGCCUCUUGACAGUGACCGAAGGGUCGUAUCGGACAUCAAGACUGCGCUCGAUCGCCGUGCGUUGGUUCGCGUCUGUUCCCUCGUUCUUGUCCUACCGCGGAAGCUCCAGCCACCGCCACCAUCAUCACCGGCAACGUUGUCGACGCAUUGUCUCAAUUGUGCAAUUCCACACGCGGCCAGUGUCUAGCCUAGGUCUCAGAGAUUAUUGCGAAGCGGUGGCGCGGGGAUAACAACGUCGGUUCGGAGAGAAAGAGGAGGAUCCAGAGAAGGAGACGGAACAGGGGGCGACCAGAGCCUAAAAUCGUGGAGAGCGGCGUUGCACCAACGCGCGACGCGAGACGAUGGCCUAUUCCGCGAGCGGGGGUGCCUCCUCCUCCGUCCGGGAAUCGUACGGCGAGUAGCUUCACCUCGAAGAGGAGUAACGGACGCGAGGUAACGACCCAGCGACAGAAGCGGAUCCGCUGGUCACCCUCUUCCAGCUCUCGACGGAGGCUUGGACAUCGCGGGAGUUCAUCGCGACGACGUCGUGACGCGACGGAGUCGUUAGUAAAUUAUUUAUUGCCGAUAUAACGUUUUAUUCGCGAAUCGGGCGGCUGCUGCGCGAGACGGCCGGACAGGGCGAGUGUGUGUUGUGUUUCACGCGACGGUGGCUGCGGAAAAAGAAGAGGAGAUGGACGGCCGGGACACGGAGUUGGUUGUACGAGCGAAUCGUUCGAAUCGGUUGCGUGAGUGCGUGAGCGUGCGAGUAAAUGCAAGCGCGCGUGUGCGGAACGAGCAGAGUACGAAAAGACGUGCGAGAGGCGCGGCUAAUUGCAGGGUCGAGAAAGAAAAGAAAGAGAGAUGGCGAAGGGAGGAGAGAAGAAAGAAAGAAAGAAAGAAAAACAAGAGACAGAGAGGAAAGCGCGCGCGUGCGUGUUGUGUAUGCGUGCAGUGGAGCUACAAGAGGGGGAGGGGGGUAAUGUAGUGCCAAGAGUGAAAACGGAAAUUCUGUACAUAUUAGGCUAGGUAGUUCAAUAUCAAUAUACUUAUUACGACUAAAAAAAAAACGAUAUGCUACGUACCGAUUUAAAAGUUAAAAAAAAACAUCAAACACACACAUACACACGCAUACCAUUAAAAAAAAACACGAGAUGGCGGCCGUACGGAACGGUGAUGGGACGCGCGCACACGCCCUCCCGACGCAAUGCGCAAAAUCUCUUCCGACGAAGCCACGCGUUGUGCGUAACGCAUCCUGCCUCGAAUGUUACACACCACACUUGGAGCGACUGCUAAUUUCGUCGUCGAAUCGUUCUCGGCACGAAGCUCCCGAUUGAGACGACACACGUGAUAGGGGAAUUGUAAAUCUUAAUGAAAUUGCCGGUCAAUCGAGUGCUGGUGCGUCGAGGUGGGACUGAGCGGAUCGCAAAUCCGUCUCUUUGACGAAUGUCUGUCCCGUUACGAGUACGUUUGUAGCGGCGGCGUGCGUUCAGGUAGCGGUGAGAGAGAGCGCGCGUCCCUCUCGCGUUUCGAAUGGCUCGCACUGUGUCCGACAUAACGCUAUCUUUAUUAUUAUUCAAAUAGAUAAGGCCUCACAUGCAGUUUUGACAAAAUAGGACGAGUUCUGCUCGGGCAAGGAUUCGAGUUCGAUGACGCGUUCUGCAUCCCGCUUUGCGACUUUCGACGAACAACCGCGUGUUAUAUGUAGACUUCAGGCGUAAUUUAUCCACGAUAAACUGCGGAUUUCCGAUCUGCGUCCGCGAUGUACUUGUAAUUACGAAUUAUUGAUCCCAUUUCGUACAGAACUGGAUCGGUCAAGACUCAAAGUGUACGUAACCGUCUUUUGAUUUUGUUGCAUUGCCGAUACAUCGGCAGUUUCACGUAGAAGCGGGAAGCGCCUCGUCAACUUUGAAUCCCAAGUUCCGGGACGGAGCGAAUCACUCGAUUAUUUCAUGAGAAGUCACCAAUUAUUAUUGUAUUCCCUAAGAGUUCGCGGCGCAAGGAGAAAUUGCAAUGAAAUUGUACCGAUAUACGUUUCCCUUUGUGAUUACACUUGGAUUGUGCGUGGCAUGGCGUGGCGUGGCGUGGAACGCGCGAGACGAGAAGGAUGCUGCCACGCGUAGGGCGGAGUGUCUCUCGUGUGCAUUUCGUUGGCGUUAAUUUCGCGAGCUUCCGCUUCGUUUCCGAGGAAUGAUGCCGCCGGGACCGGCGCACUCAGAUCUUCAUCCGAGACUCCUUCAUCGAGUGCGGAGCGCAUCAUCAGCCAUACCAUCGUGCGCGCGCUUAUAUUCGUCGGUCGGCAUCCGAGAUGCGUCUCGAGGUCCUAAUUAUCAUUAACGAAUUCUUCCCGAGCGGGGGAAAGGGACAAGGAGGAAAGGAAAUUGUAAAUUGUAAUUGCGGCGAGAUGUCCGGGCAGGCAUUUGUGCGCACAGCGACGUUGUUUCGUUUAAUGUUCAUUGCGUCGCUGUGCUACGGCGAGUCGGGGGAGUAAGGGGGUAAUAUCGUCAUGGGCGUCCGUAGGAUUUUUUCCAGGGGGGGGGGGGCAUGAUUUAAAAUGUUACUUCCAGAAUUAAAAUACUUAUAAUUUAAUGGAAUUAAUGGAAAAGAUUAAAAAUACUGGAAUUUUCUUCAGAAAAUCUAAUACUUAAAGAACUUAUAAGCGAAUCUAUAUAUGGUAAAAACAGGCUUAGUUUAUUACUAUAAACUUAAUACUAUUCUUUGGGAUCCUCUGUGAAAUAGUUCGCUCUUUUAGUUUGUUUUAAUACAAUUCGUGGUACUUUAAUCUCAACACCAAUCGAGCAGCUAAAUUUCUCGUAUUCUGUGAAAAUAUUGUCAAAUUUAUCCCGUUUUUCAUGAAGAAUAGAGAUUAAACGUUUUAUAUGAUUUUGACAUUCGAGCAAAUUUAUUUGUUUAUUUUGUAAUAGUACAGAAAUUGGUUCUAAUAUUUCGGAAUAUUUUAAUAUUAUAAAUAGGCAUAAUAGAAAUGUCGGUCUAAUUGCGGAACAGUAUAAACAAUGAGCUGUUUGCUUACCACUAGUGGACCCUUAAGAAAUUUCAAGCAAUAUAUUGUUCUAAUAUUGUUCCGAAAUGCUUUUUAAAUUGACUUAUAGAUUUAUGCUUCUCGGUCGACAUGCUAUAAACGUGCGUUGCGGCGACAUCUGCAAUCUUUUUUCUUUAUUUCAAGGAAAAAUAAAUUGUUUGCUGAUUCCAGGAGGGGGCAAAUGCCCGGUCUUGCCCCCCCUGCGGACGCCCAUGAAUAUCGUCUUUCUGUUUUCACCUUUGAAAUGUGUUCACGCGCAUGCAAUAUUAGGCGACGAGAUUAAUCUACGUAAUCUAUGUAACGAAAAAUUAGCGCGUGCGGAGCGAAGCGAUCGAGGAGGAAUAUCAGGAAGGAGGAAUGUCUGACGUCUGUUUUUCGGUUUCUUUUUUUCUUUUCGGAUCCAGCUUCGUGCUGGCCUCUCCGGCUCCGUCUCUCCCUCGUGGCGAUCUCAUUUCGUCGCUGUUGCUCUCACACACAGCGAGAAAGAUUACAAAUGUGUCUAUCGGAGAGAUCUCUUGGGGAUCCACUAGAUGGAUCGCAUAAGGAGCGAAAAAUGGAGCGGAGAGGAGAGGGGGCGGUACCGGCGGCGGAUCCGAGAAAGGGAAUGUAUAAUUCGAUGGGUCCUGUGCAAGUUUCGGUUGAAUUUGCGACGUCGUCGGGAUUAGGUUGAAUUUUUAAAGCACGACGACGUGCGAGCGCGAGAUAUUUUAGACGAUAAGUUCUAGGCGAAGCGAAAUUUUUAGCGAGUUAUUGUCGGUUAUUACUAUUAUCGCUAUCGGACAUCGUGAUAUAUCUAGCAAUUUGUUAAUCGGGAUUCUGAGAGAUGCGAGACGCAUGAGUAUAAUCGUGGCCUUUCCACACGAGAACAAGAGCGAGAGAGAGCGAGAGCGAGAACGAGAGAGAGAGAGAAAGAAAGAGAGAGAGAGGAAGAGGGAGAGGAAGAGAAAGAGAGAGGAAGGGAGAGAUAGGAAAGAGAGGAAUUGUUGAAAAAUAACGAAAGCAAUCCAAGAUGAGAUACUUUUCCUGUCCGAUUCACGGCUCAGUCUUCGAGGUCGCUACUCGGCGCGGUUCUGAAAACUGAAAACUUGUUGCAUUUCGUGCAAUGUCGCCCGGGCGUUUGGUAUACUGUUUGGCGCGCCGGGUCGUGUUCAAUUGGCGCUUUCGAAUCGGGCAUCGUUCCUUAUCGGGCCGGGCGAAUUUUGUAAAUAAUUUAUCGUGUGUCGCGCAAAUAAGACUUCACUCGAUAGCGAUUUCAUCGCGGCGAGAGACGCCGGCCUGAUCGUUGCGGCACGCAAUAACAGGAUCGUUCGAACGAAUCGCUUGAUCGCGAAGCUCCAAGAUCGCUCUCAGAACGCAAACGAAGAAGCAGCAAUAAGAACUGUCAGUUACACGCGGAAGCUACCAGCCUGAUCGUAAGACCUGACUAUCGGAGAAAACACAUCAUCCGCAAUAUCGGUUCGAUUUUCCUCUUUCCAAACUAGAAAGAAAAAUCGGGAGAGAUCGGAAAAUAGAACUUGGUUCAAGAUCGGCGAUCACGGUGCUUCCUCCUUUUUCUUCAUCGUGAGAACUCGACAAUCUCUGUGGGUAGUUUGCGAUCGCCGAGAGGUCCCGCUUCGCGUUUCCCAAAGAGAUUCGAGAUCGGCUCUUCUGCGGGAUCAAGAUCAAGCUGCGAGAUCGUGCCGGCGGCUGCCGAUUAAUCUAGUCACGUUGAGCCGUGCAUCCGGUUGGGGAACGAUCGUGACUGUCGAUCUAUCGAUUCGGGCAACGUAUCGCCGAUGAUGCCCUGUCGUGCUUGUUGACAAGUUAAACGGUGGAGGGAAGACUCUCUCCUCUUGCUCCCCCUCUCUCUCUAUCUGUCUGUCUCUCUUUUUCUCACUCCCCUUAGGCGCAAUGUGAUUUCCCAAGGUGUUCCAAAAUAACUCGCGUCCUCCCUCUGGCGAAAUUGCGAGGCGGAGCGGAACGGUUGCAAGCGGGGUCCGAAAGCGGCGGGCGCCCCCUUUUAAAGCUUUCGUUUCUAAGCUGUAAUUAUAAUUGUACUGUUGAUAAGAGAUCGGUAUAUGUCUAGUCCCUCGCGGUGGAAGAGAGAUCGAGAGCUUCGCUGUUGUCCCUCUCGCGAAAUUCAUCCCCAAGUCUUUCGACCAAUCGGUCCUAAUUUCUUUUCCCUUACUUCCUUUCCCUCCCCUUGAAUCAUUCCGCGCGUGGGUCCGUCUUGAGCGAGUCUCGGCUCGCAGUUUUCUGUCCGUCAAUCGAUCCGCGAAUUGUUACCUCGCUUUGAUUUCUCUGGUCUCUUAUUAGGCGUGCAAAUUCAAGACUGAUUUUCGUUUAAAAAGGGAUAGGAUCAGGAACGGCCGUCAUGUCAUACAACGUUUUGUAAAUGUGUAGUAGUAGUAGUACUUUUAACAUUCUUUAUUUACAUUGGAAACUUCUAAACUGUUUAUUAGGUAUAAGUAAAGUUAAAAAUGGCAAUUUGGUUUGCGCACCUAAUAAUAAUAACUCGAAGUUUGCGUUUUCUCGAAUCGAGGAGUCAUUCUGUGUUCCGUAUUAUGUAAUAUUGACGUCGGUGUUUGUUUUGUUAAUUAAACGGCGUCGCGUGAAGCAAUCAUAUCGGCGGUUUGACGGGAUAAUAUUAUUGCGAUCGAUUAUUCGAGAUAUAUGGAAUCAUAUCAAUCAUCCGCGGCCGUAAUUAUGAUAUUUUCCAAAGACUUCGGAUACCGACGAAUGUGAUUAACGAACACGUAAUUAAGAGUUAUCGAAUCGACUGACGAUUGUAGAAUUUGGAUCAGACCAGCGGACCCACAUCGGGGAUGAUGUCUCGCCGUUGUUCGUGUAAGUGCGUUGCAUCCUGCGGUCAGCCCUUCUCCGAUUACGUGCUGACAAGGGAAGCUCCUAACACGUGACUCAUCAAUUCUCUUUGUCCGUUGUUCAGCUGCUUUACGUUCGUAAAGGCGAGGAGACUUGAUGGGUCGCAUGUCGCAUGAGUUCUUUCUCUGCGAGUGCAAGUGCGUUAUCCUCUAAGAGAGAGAAAGAGAGUGUGUUGCAAGGAGAUGCGAAAGAGGCGGAGAGAAAGAGAGACAGAGACGCGGAAAGGUGAUGCGAAGGUGGAGGAGGGAGCGCGAUGAGAAGCGAUGGAAUAAAAGACAGAGCUUGUCACUCGGUCCGACAAGUUCACGUGAACAACAAAUUGUUCAAUUGUGGCGCGAGAAUGGGUGAGAAAAUGAGAAAGAGAAAAAAAGAGCGCACGCGAGAGAGAAAGAGAGAGAGAACGAGAGAGUGCGAAACGGAGAGAAAGGCAUAGCGGAAAUCAGGACUCCUUUUUUUCAAAGUAAUCGAUCGAUGUCGUAGGAACAGUGUCGUUUAAAGUAGUAGAUCGCUUCUACCGAGAGUUAAAAAACACGGAGGAAAAUCAAGAUUCAAAGUUAAAAAAAAAGAAAGUCUCAUCUCGAGGAGAAUGGCGGUUCACGUGGCUCGUCGCGGUGGUGGUGAAGGGGUGGCGAUGCGAACUGCGGGAGAAAAGGGGGCGAGGGGAGAAAGGAGCGGGAGAGAUCGCGCGUGUUCGUGCCGCACUCGGAGAAAGGCGCCUCGCGCCGCGGAAUUGCACAUUUCGGAUGCGAGUCACGUUCGUUUCGAGCGCGUCAUGGCGGGAGCGAGAGAGAGAGAGAGAGAGAGAGAGAGAGAGAGAGAGAGAGAGAGAGAGAGGAAUAUGAAAAGGAGUUCUUUUUAUACACUAUAGAGAAUCGUACCACACACUAUCACAUAGGGGAAAAAAAAGAAAAAGACAUGUUCGUUGUUCACACUGCUCUGGCUUGCUAGAAAAAGAAAAAGAAAAGCAAACGAUGUAACGACGGGCAGGCAGGCGCGGGGAGGAGGGGUGGAGGCUGCCUCGGAUCCUUGUGGUGAAAUGGGAGCUUCAUGAAGAGCUUCACGACGAUCGAAAGCCCCUCCUCUCCGGGCGAUCCUACCCGUCCUGCCCCCAAAUAUAAAUCGGCAACACUUCGACAUUGCAAGAUUAUUGGUGUACUUAUCACGCAGUUUUCUACAAAAUAAAGAAAACAGUUUUGAC